ACAUCAUUCUAAAGUCAUUCUGGAAAGGUUUGUUUCUGUCCUAUGAAUUAGUAUCUGUUGAAAUGAGUAUUUAGUUUUGCCACUAAUUUUACUGUUGAUCAGUAUCAGAUUUUCUGUGCUUUUGACAGCCCUAAUCUGAACAUUGGUCUGUAACAGUGCAUUUUGUGUUUGUGCUUUCUCUAACCCUGAUGAGAAGUUGUGAGAUUAUAUAAGGUUAAUGUGUAGUCUUUAUAUUUAAGUUGUUAUGAUGACCACAGGCAUUUGCCAUCACCACAACUCCAGGGUUAGAAAGAGUCAACUGAUGCCAGAGGUGUGCCUCUUGAGGGCGCUGUGCCUGUGCUGGGUGUUUUUCUGUUAUCAGUGAGUGCUCUAUGUCAAACACAAAUCUGAGUGUCUGUGCUUCAGGAGGAUAGAUGAGAUAGAUGUGAGAUGAUAAUGGGAGUCCACCCCUCACCCCCACCCUUGGGUGCUGUGAGCCUGUAUAAGUGGCACCUCGCUCACAGUCGGGCGCUCGCACAGGAUGGUGAUGGCACGCCACUCGCUCUCAGCGCACACUCAGGAGCUGUGUGUGUGGCUCUGCGUACUGCACUGCUCCUUCAGCCUGGGGCCCCUGUGCGCAGAGGGGGCCCGCCUGCGCUGUGGCUCCGAGCUCCUGGCGGACCUCAUCUUCGUCUGUGGGGACCGUGGCAUCUACUUAGGGAAGCGUGGCUGGUCUGGUUACGGCCCACGGCCCCGGGGCAGAGGCAUAGUGGACCAGUGCUGCCUGGGCACCGGCUGUGACCUGCAUCACUUAGAGAAGUACUGCGCCAAAGCCAUGGACCUCUCCACUACCACCACCACCACUACCACCACCACCACCACCAGCAGCAGCAGCAGCAGCAGCAGCAGCAGCAGCAGUAGUAGCACCAGCAGCUCCCAAGGGCCCACAGUGGAGCAGCAGUUCCAGAUCCUGUUCCAGAAGAAGCUGGUGGAGAGGCUGGGGGCCCCUGGGAGCUUGCACAGAGACAACUACAGAAAGAGCUUAAAAUCCUCAGAGCACAGAGCCCUGUUGGCUUCUCGCAGAAGGACUAGAAUGAGAGGCUCUAUGGGUCAUGGGUCUACGACCCCCAGGAGCCCCCCUGCCUCAUGACAUCACAGAGGGGCCCACACUGGCCCCAGCACCACAAGGGACUACAGAAGUUUUGUUGCACUGGACGCUGAGAGUGUGUGCUUUGUAUAAAGACUAAGGAACCAGGCUUUGGUGGAGCUUCUGUUGAACAGAGACUGGCUUACUCCACUGUCACUCACAUGUGGGAGGACUGCACUCCCUCUGCACUGGGCCCUCUGCACUGGGCCCUCUGCACUGGGCUCUCUGCACUGGGCUCUCUGCACUGGGCUCUCUGCACUGGGCUCU